CUUGUAGGAGAGCACAUUAAAAAUUGGAGGUCAAGAUAUUUUGUCUUGAGAGACGAUGGUACACUGGUUGGAUUCAAGGCGAAACCUGAUCCACAGAUGGCUACGCAAACAUCUACCCAGCCAUUAAAUAAUUUUACAGUGCGUGGGUGCCAAAUAAUGUCAGUGGACAGACCUAAACCCUAUACAUUUGUUAUCAGAGGCCUCCAGUGGACAACUGUAAUCGAAAGGACGUUUCAUGUGGAAACGGAACAAGAAAGGGAAGACUGGGUAGCAGCGAUCAGAUAUGUAGCAGAUAGGUUAGCAAAUGAAGAAAAUCAACAACAAGAACAACCACAAAUGCAACAAUCUUCUUCUUCGGAGGAUGUUGAUAUGGAAUCGUCAGUAGGUGCUAGGUCUGACUCUUGUAGUUCCUUAGGUGUUGUAUCUUCUGAUAUAGACGGUGGUAGUAUCGAUGAAUUAUCAGCAAAAUUCAGUGUUCAAGGAACUUCAAGUAGUAAAAGUACCGGCAAGAAGAAAGUGACACUGGAAAAUUUUGAAUUUUUAAAAGUUUUGGGGAAAGGAACAUUUGGAAAGGUAAUUCUUUGUAGAGAAAAAGCGACAGGACAUUUAUACGCUAUUAAAAUUUUACGAAAGGAGGUUAUUAUUCGUAAAGAUGAAGUGGCACAUACACUUACUGAAAACAGAGUAUUACGUACUACUAAUCAUCCUUUUUUAAUCUCUUUGAAAUACAGUUUUCAAACGGCGGACAGGUUGUGUUUUGUUAUGGAAUAUGUUAACGGUGGCGAAUUAUUUUUCCAUUUGAGUCGAUCACGGGUAUUUGGCGAAGAUCGUACUCGAUUUUAUGGCGCAGAGAUUAUAUCGGCCUUAGGUUACUUGCACUCGCAAGGCAUUAUAUACCGUGAUCUCAAACUGGAAAAUCUCCUCUUGGAUAAAGAUGGGCAUAUUAAAAUUGCUGACUUUGGUUUGUGCAAGGAGGAUAUUACGUAUGGAAGAACAACAAAGACAUUUUGCGGAACACCAGAGUAUUUGGCACCAGAAGUACUUGAAGAUAACGAUUAUGGACGAGCUGUGGAUUGGUGGGGUGUAGGUGUAGUCAUGUAUGAAAUGAUGUGUGGUCGAUUACCUUUUUAUAACAAAGAUCAUGAAAAGCUAUUUACGCUUAUUUUAUUGGAAGAAGUAAGAUUUCCUAGGACGAUUAGCAAUGAAGCAAGAGAAAUGCUUGGUGGUUUAUUAAUAAAGGAUCCAAGUAAAAGAUUAGGCGGUGGACCUAAUGAUGCAAAGGACAUCAUGAAUCAUGCAUUUUUCUCAUGUAUCAAUUGGACAGAUCUUGUCCAGAAGAAGAUUCCUCCACCCUUUAAGCCGCAAGUGACUUCAGAUAUUGACACUCGAUAUUUUGAUAGUGAAUUUACCGGCGAAAGUGUUGAACUUACACCCCCAGAUCAGGGCUGUUUGGGUAGUGGAGGGGGUUUGAAUUCUAUAGCAGAAGAACAAGAACAUUUUCCCCAAUUUUCAUACCAGGAAAGUCAUUCAGCAGCAACUUCUUCCAUUGUUUCUAUUAAUCACUGACAGUGUCAAGUGUUUUGCUUAAUUAAUGUAAUGAGAUGUCGUUCAAUGCAUGAAAACUUCGAGCAAAAAAAUUUAAUUACGAUAUGUAUCUGAUGAUUGUCUGCAAAGCUUGAAAUUUUCCCAAUAGGCAGAUCAAUCAAAUUAUCUUUCUUUAUGAUGCUUUUUUUUAAUGCAUCUUAAGAGAUUGUCACAUAUCUCCAAUGGCAAAAUAAUUAGAUUUAUGCGUAUAAGUGUGCGCGCGCAUAUUACACCUAUACACAUAAUUAUUCAUUAAAAUUGUAUAUGGAAAAAUGUAUACUAUAAGAUUAGAAUGAGAUAGUACGAAUAAUAUUUGCAUAUAGACUCGAAGGAAUAUGACAGGGAUUAAAUUACGUUCUUAAUUGAAUCAAGUUAACUAAAAUUCCUUGAGACAUGUAUUGUGAAUAUUGAAUAAUUUUCUUGUCAUCAAGGAACGUGCGAUAAUCGUAAGUAUAAUUUUUCAUUUAACAAAAGCUGCACUUGACACUUUCCAACUUCAUUAUCACCGUUUAUUAUCUUAUUUAUGGAAGGGCAGUUCCUGAUCUUUUUUUUAAUUCAAUAGAUGACUGUUAUGGCAGAUGCCAAAAAAUAGAAAAUUGCAACUGGUAAAGAGCUAACGAAAAAGAAAAUAGUUUGUCUACUGUGAAAGUUAAAUGUGUAGUAUAUCAGCUUUAAUUGAAUUAUUGUAUAAAUUGGAGAUCACUUUUUUAGAGUUAUGAAAAUUGUCAUUAUUAUGACUGAUAUAAUUGGAGAUGUGCGAGUAUUCGGAAAAUUCUGGGCUGUAUAGAAUUCGGAAACUUAUUCGAAAUAAAUGUUUGACUAUUUUUGGAAUUGUUUGGAAAAGGAAGUUGUUCAAAAGAAACUCGUGGCUUAAAUAUUUUCUAGGUAUUUAUUUCCUAACCAUCAAAAUACGUUAAUUUAAUAAUAAAUGCAUAUGUAUAAAAAAAUAUUAGAAAUCAAAUUCUUUAUACUAUUGUAAUUGGAUACUUUUUAUUAUUGAAUCAUAAGCUUAAAGUUUAACCAAGAUAUUCAAUUUCAUAAUUAUCCAAUACAGCUUAAAAUCUAAAAGAUAAUAACUUUAAGAUUUUAUCGUAUCAUAAAUUUUCCAUUUUCUUGAUAAUGGAA